AAUAGUGUAAGCCAGUAUCGAGUGUACUUUCUCUCUCUUUCGUUACCAAUUGAGUGAUAUAGUUACACGUGUUGGUGCUGAAGUGUACAAUAUAAAUGAGCAUCAUGCAGUUGUUCGUAAUUGGUCAGGAAACCCACAAUGUUGAAAUUCAUGAAAAUCAGAAUGUUGGUGUUUUAAAGGAAUGGAUAAAGCAAGUGGAAAAUAUUUCUCCGGAUGAUCAAGUUUUGUAUCAUGCUGGUCACCCUUUAGACGAUGAGCAGCUGUUAUCAGAUUGUUUAGUUAAUGGCUCAUCUGUUGUAGUUUCUGUUCGACUCUUGGGAGGCAAGGUUCAUGGCUCUCUAGCACGUGCUGGUAAGGUGAAAGGACAGACUCCUAAGGUUGAGAAACAAGAGAAAAAGAAGGCAAAAACAGGUCGAGCUAAGCGACGCAUGCAAUACAAUCGUCGUUUUGUUAAUGUAGUUCAAACCUUUGGAAGAAGGAGAGGACCUAAUAGCAACCAGUAAAUACAACAUGUAAUUGUGUAUUAGGAAAAUAAAGUUUUGUUUUCCACAGAA